CCGGAACCAGCCGCAACGCUGCUCUCGCUGUGUGGGGUGUACCUCUUCGGAGUUCCUGGAGGUGGUCCCAGACUGGAGUGGCAGCUGUAAUAACCAAUAGGCAUGGACAUUGCUGGGCCGGAAGCCAAUGAGGAAUCUGGCGAUGGAGAAGCGGCGAUCAUUUAUUUGAGGAUGUAGGAGGGUCUGAAGGAAAAUGGGGCUGUGUCAGAGGUGGCGGCGGCUUCGGAUCCCAGGGUUACAAGCCUGCGGGCUGCACAUGGCAGCUGUGCCGACCCCUCCACACUGGUUGGUAGAGCGGCUUGGCCUUUUUGAGCAGCUAUGGACUGCUCAGGUAAAGAGGUUAGCAAGCCUGGCACAGAAGGAACACCGGACUAUCAAGAUAUCACUUCCUGGAGGCCAGAAAGUGGAUGCUGUGGCAUGGAACACAACCCCUUACCAACUAGCCCAGCAGAUCAGUUCUAAACUGGCAGAUACUGCAGUGGCUGCUCAAGUGAAUGGAGAACCUUAUGAUCUGGAGCGGCCCUUAGAGACAGAUUCUGACCUCAGAUUUCUGACAUUCGAUUCUGCAGAGGGGAAAGCAGUAUUCUGGCACUCCAGUACCCAUGUCCUGGGGGCAGCAGCUGAACAACUUCUAGGUGCUGUUCUCUGUCAAGGUCCAAGCACAGGAUGUGGCUUUUACCAUGAUUUCUUCCUUGGAAAGGAACGUCUGUUUGUCUUUGCCAAUAAUUUUAGAUGCUUUUGGAAGGCAAGAUUUCAUCCCAUGGCCAACACCCAGGUGAUGCUCCUUAGAGGACGGAAGCCAACCAACCCUUAUCUUUCCAGGACGAUCAAGGGCUCAGAGCUGCCUGUUUUGGAACGGAUUUGUCAGGAACUUGCAGCUGCUGCUCAACCCUUCCGGAGACUAGAGGCUUCCCAGGAUCAGCUUCGGCAGCUCUUCAAGGAUAACCCCUUUAAGCUUCACCUGAUCGAGGAGAAAGUGACAGGUCCAACGGCAACAGUAUAUGGGUGUGGUAUGUUGGUUGAUCUGUGCAGAGGCCCCCACCUUCGGCAUACUGGACAGAUUGGAGGCCUGAAGCUGCUAUCGAACUCAUCAUCCUUAUGGAGGUUUUCCGGCACCCCAGAGACACUGCAGAGAGUGUCAGGGAUUUCCUUCCCCACUGCAGAGGAGCUGAGGGCCUGGGAAGAGUGGAGGGAGGAAGCAGAGUUACGGGACCACCGGCGCAUUGGGAAGGAACAGGAGCUCUUUUUCUUCCAUGAACUGAGCCCCGGGAGCUGCUUCUUCCUGCCUCGAGGGACAAGGGUGUAUAAUGUACUCGUGGCUUUUAUCAGGGCCGAGUACACCCGCCGUGGUUUCUCAGAAGUGAAAACCCCCACGCUGUUUUCUACGAAACUCUGGGAACUGUCAGGGCACUGGGAGCAUUACCGGGAAGACAUGUUUGCCCUGCAGCCCCCAGGCUCUGACAGCCAUGCCGGCUCCCAGAGUGACCACUCUACCAGCCAUCCCACAGGCACGCUUGCCCUCAAGCCCAUGAACUGCCCUGCGCACUGCCUGAUGUUCGCCCACCGGCCCAGAUCCUGGCGAGAGCUGCCCCUGCGACUGGCCGACUUCGGGGCCUUGCACCGGGCCGAGGCCUCUGGCAGUCUGGGGGGACUGACCCGGCUACGGCGCUUCCAGCAAGAUGACGCUCACAUCUUCUGUGCACCCGAUCAGCUGGAAGCAGAGAUCCGAGGCUGUCUUGAUUUCCUCCGCUCUGUCUACACUGUCCUUGGGUUCUCCUUCCGCUUGGCACUGUCUACCCGGCCAUCUGGCUUCCUGGGAGAGCCUUGCCUUUGGGACCAGGCUGAGCAGGUCCUUCAACAGGCCCUAGAAGAAUUUGGAGAACCCUGGGACCUCAACCCUGGAGAUGGUGCCUUCUAUGGGCCUAAGAUUGACGUGCACCUCCACGAUGCCCUGGGUCGGCCCCAUCAGUGUGGGACAAUCCAGCUUGACUUCCAACUGCCCCUGAGAUUUGACCUCCAGUACAAGGGGCAGGCGGGGGCCCUGGAGCGUCCAGUCCUCAUUCAUCGAGCAGUGCUAGGUUCUGUGGAAAGGAUGUUGGGAGUGCUGGCAGAAAGCUGCGGGGGAAAAUGGCCACUAUGGCUGUCACCAUUCCAGGUGGUGGUCAUACCUGUGGGGACUGAGCAAGAGGAAUAUGCCAGGGAGGCACAGCGGAGCCUGCAAGCUGCAGGACUGGUCGGCGACCUGGAUGCUGACUCCGGACUGACCCUCGGCCGGAGGAUCCGCCGGGCUCAGCUUGCCCACUACAAUUUUCAGUUCGUGGUUGGCCAGAAAGAGCAGAGUAAGAGAACAGUGAACAUUCGGACUCGAGAUAAUCGUCGACUUGGGGAAUGGGACUUGGCCGAGGCUGUACAGCGGCUACUGGAGCUACAGAACACCAGGGUCCCAAAUGCUGAAGAAAUUUUCUGAGCUUUUGUGUAUAGAUGUGGCAAAGACCUGUAGGAGCUAUCAGGCCCCCUUAACACAGAGGGGCCCAACCUAACUGCCAAGAGUCUGAAGUCCCCCAGACCCCUCAGAACUCGUGUGGAGGCAUGAAUCUGCUCUCAUGAAAAGAGAUUUGGUCUGGGGGAAGCUGUAGCUGUUUGGAUGUGAGGAGAGUGAAACUAAAAAUAAUAAACUUGAAGCUACUGGGAA